AAGUGAUGGGUUUCCAGGCUGAGCAUCGUGUUGGAAUAUGUCACGAAUAUGUCACCAACCUUUCUAGCGAGCGGUGAGUCGCACUCUAUUUGCCAAUCGCAUGCGCUACUUGCCAUUGCCAUGCCGCCACAUUAGCUCCAUCCUCAUCGGCAAAGACCUCGCCACCACAUCGUUGAAAGAGGUGCGUUCUGAGCUGGAGCAGCGUCUCAACUUGAGUCCCGGCAGCCUGGAUGGCGAGAAGGAAAAGCUGAAGCACAUGGUUGCAGCACAGAUUCAGAAGAUCCAGGAGACUGCGCCGUCAAGACGCUCCAAGGGCCGACGCAAGGAGCGCGCGCAAAGAAACGCCGCGCAGUGGACAAUCUUGCCGCAGGAAGCUCAGGAAGCUCAGGAAGCUCAAGUUCAGGAAGCCGAGCCAGGAAAGGCCAGCGGCAAGGGUGCCAAGGGUGCCAAGGGCCCGAGCACAAAGGAACGUCAGAGAACAUCGAUGACGCGGAAGGAGUUCAUGAAGAAAGCCAAGGCUAUCACGGUCCAAAUCGGCGACAAGAAGCUCAAGGCCACCCCGAAGCAGUUCUCUACAGGCAGCAGCGGGUUCAUGGCCAGCACAAAGGUUGUCAUCGAGGUGGAUGGCGUUCCGCUCACUCUGCAGUGUGGCUUGAACUUGCCCGUGAUUGGGUCAAAGGAAUGGCGGGACUGAGACGGCCCAAGGCCAAGCUGCAAAUAGGAGUUUUAACAUCAGUUUGUACGCGACACAAAGACUCAGGUUG